GCCUCAGCCAGCGCCGCCGCCGCUUCCCCGGGCUCCCCCGACCCUCCGGGGUCAGCAGCCACUGCCGCCGCCGGCGCCCGGUCUCCCGGCGCGCGAGGUCCCGGAGCCGCGGGCCAGGACGCCGCCGAGGGUGUAGAGCGCUCCCGGAGAGAGUGAUGGUCUUCGAAAUGAAAACUCUGGAAAAUUGUAGGUUCUCGUUAGGAACUACAGAAAUUGAAGGACAGAAAAUGUUUGAAAGGAAGUUGUUCUGAAAGCAUGUUUACAAUUAACUGACCCUAUUGACUGUUCUGUUUUUAAAUAAGACACUUUGAGAAGAUUGUAUUUAUGGUUAAAGGAAACUGGACUAACGAUGAGGCCAAAGACUUUUCCUGCCACAACUUACUCUGGAAAUAGCCGGCAGCGAUUGCAAGAGAUCCGAGAGGGGCUGAAGCAGCCAUCCAAGUCUUCCACCCAGGGGCUGCCUGUGGGACCAAACAGUGACACUUCCCUGGAUGCCAAAGUCCUGGGAAGCAAAGAUGCCUCCAGGCAGCAACAAUUGAGAGCCACCCCGAAGUUUGGACCUUAUCAAAAAGCGCUCAGGGAAAUCCGAUAUUCCCUACUGCCUUUUGCCAAUGAAUCAGGCACUUCCGCCACUGCGGAAGUAAAUCGGCAGAUGCUUCAGGAGUUGGUGAAUGCGGGAUGCGACCAGGAGAUGGCCGGCAGAGCUCUGAAGCAGACAGGCAGCAGGAGUAUUGAAGCAGCUUUGGAGUACAUCAGUAAGAUGGGCUACCUGGACCCCAGGAAUGAGCAGAUUGUUCGAGUCAUCAAACAGACCUCCCCAGGAAAGGGCCUGGCGCCUACCCCAGUGACACGGCGUCCCAGUUUUGAGGGUGCAGGGGAAGCAUUCCCAUCCUACCACCAGCUAGGUGGUGCAAACUAUGAAGGCCCUGCUGCGCUGGAGGAGGUGCCACGGCAAUAUUUAGACUUCCUCUUCCCUGGGGUCAGCGCCCACAACACCCCUGGUCACCAGCACCCUCCCAAAGGCUACAGUGCAGCUGUGGAGGCAGGUGCACACUUCCCCACUGCACACUAUGGUCGUGCUCACCUUCUAGCAGCGGAGCAGCCGGGUUACGGGGUGCAGCGCAGCCCCUCCUUCCAGAGCAAGACACCACCAGAUGCCUACUCCGGCCUGGCCAAAGCCCAGGGCGCCACUCCAGCCAGCCUCGCCUUCCCUGCGCAUGCUGGGCUAUACACCACUGUGCACCACAAGCCGGCCACCGUGCCUCCCGGUGCCCACCCGCUGCAUGUGUUGGGUGCCCGGGGCCCCACGUUCGCCGGUGACAGCCCGGCGCAGGCCGUUCUGACGCCAUCCAGGAACAGCCUCAACGCCGACCUGUACGAGCUAGGCUCCCCAGGGCCCUGGUCUGCAACCCCACUGGUGCGCCGAGACUCGUUGCAGAAGCAGGGUCUAGAGGCCACCCGACAACACGUGGCCUUUCGGGCUGGGCCCAGCAGGACCAACUCCUUCAGUAGCCCACAGCCCGAGCCCUCACUGCCUGCCCCCAACACGGUCACCGCAGUGACAGCUGCCCAUAUCCUGCAUCCUGUGAAGAGCGUGCGUGUGCUGCGGCCUGAGCCCCAGACAGCUGUGGGGCCUUCACACCCUGCCUGGGUGCCUGCACCCACAGCACCAGCCACCGAGGGCCUGGAGACCAAGGAGGGCAGCACAGGCCAGCACCCGCUGGACGUAGACUACGGUGGCUCUGAACGCAGGUGCCCACCGCCACCUUACCCGAAGCACCUGCUGCUGCCCAGCAAGACCGAGCAGUACAACCUAGACCUAGACAGUCUGUGUACCGGUGUGGAACAGAGUCUGCGUGGGGGCGCCGAGCAGGACAGGAGUGACAAGAGCCACAAGAGUACCAAGGGAGACAAAGCUAGCAAGGACAAAAAGCAAAUCCAGACCUCCCCGGUGCCGGUCCGCAAGAAUAGCAAGGAUGAAGAGAAGAGAGAGUCGCGCAUCAAGAGCUACUCCCCAUAUGCCUUCAAGUUCUUUAUGGAACAACACGUGGAGAAUGUCAUCAAAACCUACCAGCAGAAGGUUAGCCGGAGGCUGCAGUUGGAACAGGAAAUGGCCAAAGCUGGACUCUGCGAGGCUGAACAGGAGCAGAUGAGGAAGAUCCUCUACCAGAAGGAGUCCAACUACAACAGACUGAAGCGGGCCAAGAUGGACAAGUCCAUGUUUGUGAAAAUCAAAACUCUGGGCAUUGGUGCCUUUGGAGAAGUGUGCCUUGCCUGUAAGGUGGACACUCACGCCCUGUAUGCCAUGAAGACGCUGAGGAAGAAAGAUGUCCUGAACCGGAACCAGGUGGCCCAUGUCAAGGCAGAGAGGGACAUCCUGGCUGAGGCAGACAAUGAGUGGGUGGUCAAACUCUACUACUCCUUCCAGGACAAGGACAGCCUGUACUUUGUGAUGGAUUACAUCCCUGGUGGGGAUAUGAUGAGCCUGCUGAUCCGGAUGGAAGUGUUCCCUGAGCACCUGGCCCGAUUCUACAUUGCAGAGUUGACUCUGGCCAUUGAGAGUGUCCACAAGAUGGGCUUCAUCCACAGGGACAUCAAGCCCGACAACAUCUUGAUCGACCUGGAUGGUCACAUUAAGCUGACAGAUUUUGGCCUCUGCACCGGAUUCAGGUGGACUCACAAUUCCAAGUACUACCAGAAAGGGAACCACAUCAGACAGGACAGCAUGGAGCCUGGUGACCUCUGGGAUGACGUUUCUAACUGCCGAUGUGGAGACAGGUUAAAGACCCUGGAGCAGAGAGCCCAGAAGCAGCACCAGCGGUGUCUGGCUCAUUCUCUGGUUGGGACACCAAAUUACAUCGCGCCUGAGGUGCUUCUCCGCAAAGGGUACACGCAGCUCUGUGACUGGUGGAGUGUCGGCGUGAUUCUUUUUGAGAUGUUGGUUGGGCAACCACCUUUCUUGGCACCCACUCCCACAGAAACCCAGCUGAAGGUGAUCAACUGGGAGAACACGCUGCACAUCCCAGCGCAGGUGAAGCUGAGCGCUGAGGCUCGUGACCUCAUCACUAGGCUAUGCUGCGCGGCUGACAGCCGCCUGGGCAGGAAUGGGGCAGAUGACCUCAAGGCCCACCCGUUCUUCAGUGCCAUCGACUUCUCCCGUGACAUCCGGAAGCAGCCUGCGCCCUACGUCCCCACCAUCAGCCAUCCCAUGGACACCUCCAAUUUUGACCCGGUGGAUGAAGAAAGCCCCUGGCACGAGGCCAGCGGGGAGAGCGCCAAGGCCUGGGACACUCUGGCAUCCCCCAACAGCAAGCACCCUGAACAUGCCUUCUACGAGUUCACCUUCCGCAGGUUCUUCGAUGACAACGGCUACCCUUUCCGGUGCCCAAAGCCAUCAGAGCCUGCAGAGAGCGCAGACCCGGGGGAUGCAGAGCUGGAGGGUGCGGCUGAGAGCUGCCAGCCAGUGUACGUGUAAGCAGCCAGUGGCCCCUGAGCACACCUCCUGAGACUCUGGUCUUUGUCAACAAAACCACAAACAACAUUUUUUUAAAAGAGAAACUCAAGUUUGGGAAUCCUUCAUUUCUAGUCUGGUUAAUGGGUAACAGGGAGGGUCACCGUGACUUUGAAUUGGUCCUUUGAGGACCUUCACUGCAUUAAAACAACAUUUUUUAAAAUUUAGUACAAUAUGAAAAGAGCACUUAUUUUAUGGAUACCCAUUUUUUCUUACUAAAUUAUAAGGAUUAACUUUGACAAAUCAUGCUGCUGUUACUUCCAUUUGUGUUUUUAUCUGAUAGCACUUGUCCACAUUUAGAGAAGUAAGAACUAAACGUGUGGUAAGACGUCUGUGCAAUAAGUGAGAGAAGACCGUUUAUCUACACAGUGGCUUUGUGUUUUAGUUUUCCCACAUUUCAAAAUUGUGAUGUCAUGUUUAAAAGCUGCGUUGUGCUUUUUCCCCCUUUGCAUGUUAUAGUGUGCUAGAAAGAGUGAGCAGAGAUGGUGGCUGACUCCAGUGUCUAGUGUGUGAAAGGCACUACAUGAGCAGUUCUCUGUUAUAAAAUUACCGUAUCUUGCCAUUCACAGCAGGUCCUGUGAAUCUGUUUUUAAAUGAGGUAUUCUAGAGAGUGUGCUGAUAAUGUAUUGUAUGGGUGAUGAUUGUAGCCCUUAUUGUUAAAGAAAUGCAUAUGUGUAACUGAAGUGUGUGUUUUUUUUUAAAACAUGUGUGUUUUGGAUAUGACUGGGUUCUUUGGGAGGCAAAUGUAAACGUUUGUCAUAUAUAAAACACAUCAAAAGGGAUUAAUUCAGCUAUGCCAAAACAUUGGACAUAAUCAUAGCACUCUGUUCAUUUCUCUAGUCCAGUAUGCUGUCAGUCUUGGUAUGUGGAAAGUUGUAUCGGGGACCCUACUACUUAAUUUUUUCACCAACAGGUUCCCACACCAAAAGGUGAGGUAAGCCUGUUACCUCAACCAGCCAAGGUGUCACGGGGAGACUUAGUCUUCCUGUGUUCUUUCACAUGUUGAGGUAUCAAAUCUUAAUAUGGCUUAACCAACAUGUUUUUCUAACUUUGUAAAAAGAAAAAAGAUUCUUCGGAGUGACAUUGAAGUACAAAAAUAAGCCAUACAUUUUUUUCUUAGACAUAUAGGUGUAUAUAUAACUAUAGAUAAACACACAAAAUACUCCUUAUUUCAAAUUAGUAUGGUUCCUAUUUAAAGUGAUUUAUAUUUGAAUACAUUCAGUUUCUUUUGCUUUUGAAAAGAUGGAAUGCAUCACAUUCUCAUUAUACUAUUCCACAUAUUUUCCUUGCGGUUCUUAGCAUAAUGUAUCCGUUACUUAGUAUGUAUCUAGGCAGAAACACUUACAAAUUUAUCUAUGUCUAAGAAACAUUCCUGUGUCCUGGUUUACAUUUGUAUGAAUGGCAUAUUCUGAAGUCUGCUGUGCUUGUAUUGGGACUUACAGUAUUCUUGCUAUUUUGUAGUAAUGCCGUGUUAUUUACAGCGCUCUGACAUAGUUUCAUGUGGUAGGUUCUUUCUCAGGAACUCGAUUUAACUAUUAUUUAUUGAUAUAUCAUUGCCUUUGAAAGCUUCUACUGGCACAAUUUAUUAUUAAAACUUUAAACCCAA